AUGGGCGCGGAACUGGAAACCCGCAUCAAGGAGACUGCCGUAAAGCAGCAUCCUGAAUUGUUGCCAGAGAGUCUUCCAAAAAAAGGCCAUAUCUUUACAAUGCAAAUUGUAUCUCUCUCGAACGUUGUCUCUUCUGCACUCCGUGUCCCUGACAUGCACGGUACUGCAGUUAAGUCUAGUGUCAACGACAACAAGGCCAAGUCGCUGUACGAGCGACUCCACCGGCCAUAUAAUUCAAGGUCAAGGCUGAGCCCUGCAACCCCAGCAGUGGCGAAGAAGGCUGUUCGGUCGCUUGCAACCACUACUUCAAGAUCACCCCCGGGCGCCGUUGGUAAGGCGGCGUCACGGAAACCUCUUAUUGCUGCAAGAGCUCGUGCUGACUACCCGAACAACGUAGAUGCCGCUUUCAGACAGACUAGAAUUCCGGGACCGACGAUCAAGGCAAGGGUAAGGACACACUCAUCGUUCUGGGAAAGAAUGACUAGUAUCAUCAUCCGACGCCCUAUCUCGACGCCGACGACGGAGAUCACCGAGGAGACCACCGAGGUCGAGACCAAGUCAGAGGACGGCAUCAUCGGAUGGGAGGAGUUUUCCGAGGAGGAUGAGGAGGGCACCAUGGCCCACGAAGCCGACGACACCUCGGUCAUGUUCGGGGAGGACAGCUUAAAUGAGGCCCUGAGUCCAUCGCUGCAGACCGAUGCUAUGCGGCUCUGUGAGCGCACGAUGAUCAGCAUGAAGCGUCUCCGCAUGAACAUGAAGAGGCUGAUCAAUGCGCCAUGGUUCGACGGGCUUGCCCGUUGUCCUAGUUAUACUAGCGACAACAUCGGCAUGCCGCGAGUUCGCCCAAGGAAGGUGGAGGUACCCGAGGAGGUGCCUGUGGUAGUUUUAGAUGAGAAGGAGGAUGCUCCUGCUGCUGCCACUUCCGAUAUGCCGAAGGCUGCCUCGCCAGCAGUAAGCAUUAGGAAGCCAGCGCCCGUCCCGACUGUCAAGGUCACAACUGUCAAGGUUGCGGGACGCGGCAAGACUGCUACGGCGGCCAGCAGCGCUACCAAGCGACAGGCACGCAAGCCGGACGCGGCGUCGAAGUCAACCAAGGCUCUCAAGCCUGCCGUUCCCAAGACGUCCUCGCGCAAGGCCCCUGCCAAGGUCGCUCCUCCUCGCCCAAAGGCACCCACGAAGCCGCAGCCGUCCAAGACCAAGACUGUUUCUGCCCCGACAUUGAAGGGCGGAAAGUCGACGACGACUAAGGCUAUCGUUAUUUGUCCAGCAUCCGUCGUUAGGGGUAAAUUAAAGUCAGCGCUGCGCCAGCCUGGCUCCAAGACAACCCAGAAGCGCAUUCAAUUUCUUGAUGGUCCCAUCAAGCCAUGCUUCUACUCCCACGACGAGCCCGCCAACCAGUCUCUCGUCGAUGCCAAGGCUUCGGAGACAGAGUUCGACUGGGAGCCCCUCCAAGGCUUCCGUCGCCCUCCUUCCUCUUCGCAAGGCCAAGGCACGAGAGAACUCUUCGAGUUCAACGACCUGGAUAAAUUCACCCUGAAGCGUCGCUUCCUGCAACGAUACGUCAGUGUCCGAGCAUACGAGGCACGCCGCCGCCAAGACAUGUUGUCUUCGGGCGAGCCCGGUCUUGGACAACUUGAGUAUGGGAACGGGACUUUCAAGGUCGCGCUCCAAGUUUCCGGAAAGAUCGUGUCUCACGACAUUGGUAUCGUUAAGGACUUGAGUGAGAUCGGAAGUGCUGGCAAGUUUUGGGGUGCUCUUCGGCAGAAGGCAAUCCCGGUUGUGGUCUUCGGAUCCUUCUAUGAGCUGUACGAGCCUACUAUCAUUCCUGACAAGAGGGUAAAGGCGUUCAAGAAGCCGGCACGUUGGCCCACUGCCCGGUUCUGGGACAAGUUCAUCAGGAAGAACUUCGGACGUCUUCCAGCCGCUGAUCUCGAGGAUUAA